AGCACAGGUUCAAGUGCAACGUGCGUGUCACUGCCAACUACUGCCGCAGCACCGCGUGUCAGUAGUUUGUACAUACUUGAUCGACCGCGUCCCGGAGCCUCAGGAAGGCUUUUUUCGACGGGCUAUCAUGGUCAAAACCGCUGGAUACCCGCUCGUCCUUCCGUUCUCUAGUAUUUCCGGGAAGCCCGGGCCUGCUGCCUAUGAUGACUCUGGUCUAAAAUAUUAUCGCAUACCCUCUAGUUCUUUUCCAAUCAGGAAUGUACUUUCAAUCUUGCUGGCACUCUUGGUAGUGCUGCUAUUUGGACAUCAUUUCCAACUUUUUCCGCGACUUGCAUCGGAAAGUAACAGUUGUACUGGUAUUCUUUCCAGUGAUUCACAACGAUUUUGGGGGCCGUACUCUCCAUACUAUUCUGUUGAAGAGUACCAACCGCCUCCCAACGGGUGUAGCAUAACACAGGUCAACAUUCUUCAGCGCCAUGGAGCACGUUAUCCGACCAGCGGCGCCUCUAAAGAAAUUCAAGCAAGUUUGCAGAAAUUGUUGAACGCUUCGAAGUAUACCGACAUGAAGCUGGAAUUUCUUCGUUCAUACCAAUGGCACCUUGGUGAAGCUGAUCUUGUGCCCUUUGGCGCCACACAGUCGUUUCAAUCUGGUGCCGAAAUAUACCAUCGGUACGGGCAUCUUGUCGACGACCACAUGUUACCCUUUGUCAGAGCGUCUGGAGGAAAUCGCGUAGUGAAAUCUGCUGUUAAUUGGACUGCAGGCUUUGCCGAUGCAAGUGGACAGCUCUAUCAUCCAUCAGUCUCAGUCAUAAUACCAGAAACUGAGACGUCGAACAAUACCUUGGAGGACGACAUGUGCCCCAACUCCCGAGCAUCACAAGAUGAAGCGAACAUAUGGCGAGAUAUGUUCUCAGCUUCAAUUGUACACCGCCUUAAUACAGCUGCUGUUGGAGCUGAGAUUCUGAGCGAGGACAUCCCCGAGCUAAUGUCGUUAUGUGCAUUCGAGACUGUAUUUGAGGAGAAAGAAAGCCAAUUUUGUGAUCUCUUCUCUCCAAAGGAAUUCCAAGCCUAUGAAUAUUAUCAAGACCUGCUGAAAUAUUACAAGACAGGGUACGGAAAUCCUCUGGGUCGUGUCCAAGGUGUCGGCUACGUGAACGAGCUUCUUGCGCGUCUCAGGGGGAGACCUGUCGAAGAUCGCACGCAAACCAACUCGACUCUUGACUCAUCACCGAUCACGUUCCCGCUUAACAGAACGGUCUACGCUGACUUCUCCCACGACAACCAGAUGGUUGCCAUCUACGGUGCACUUGGACUGUUCCCCCAGAUGCGCCCUCCUAACCCCACAAGGGCUGACCCGCGAUGGACAUGGGUAGUUUCUCGUCUUGUGCCUUUCUCUGGGCGGAUGAUCACGGAAAAGGUGCAGUGUUUCGAGGCGGGGAUACCAGGAGAUUAUAUUCGGAUUCUCAUCAAUGAUGCCAUCCAACCCUUGGCGUUUUGUGGUGCAGGUGAUGGAUUGUGUAGGCUGGAAGCAUUCGUGGAGAGCCAAAUCUACGCUAGACGCAACGGUGCUGGCGAUUUUGAGAAAUGUUUCCAGAAUAGACUAUGACCCCCCUGUGGGGGGUUGAUGUAAUAAUAUCGGUAUCACGGCUGACGUAACCGCGU